CGGUUUUUCAUGAGACGUUGCCGAUAGAAGUUUCUGGUACGAGUUACGUCCCUUUGCUGUGACGUCACGUGAACCCCAGGAGCGGUUUUGUCAGAGGUCAGCCAUAUUGAUUACAGGUGUGAAGUCGUCCGUAAAAUGUAAACAAUGGUGCAGUGUGCGGCAUUUAAUUGUUCUAACAGAACUGGACAAAAAAUCAGCCUAUUCACGUUUCCAAAGGACACAAAACUACGGAACGAAUGGACAAAAAGACUGAAAAGGAAGGACUAUGUGCCAUCCGAUUACAGCAGGUUAUGUCAGAUGCAUUUCACACCGGAGUCAUUCACAAAAGACCCCCGUAUCACCAGUUCCAUUGGAUUUAAACCAAAAUUAAUCAGACUGAAACCUGAUGCUGUACCUACUAUAUUUGAUUUUUCAACCCCAAAGUCUCGAUCACAAGAUGCUAGGACUCCUGAAUCAGACUCUUUAUCUGAAGAAACUCUAAGUAGGAAACGGUCAAGGAGUCGUGCCAUACAGAAAAGGCGUAGACUUGAGGUUCUGGCCGAGAUUACAGACCUAUACCAGGACGACAAUUAUGUUGCUAUCCAUCUAAGUGAGGACCAUCAUGAACAUCCUCAAAUUCAAUACAUAGCGGACCAGUGUCAUAUGGAGACUCAGACAGAAUCUGACCAUAGGCAGACAAGUAGUAAAUGUAUUGGGACAGAUGAUGAACAUACAGAAAAAUAUUCUGUUGGAUGCCAGGCCUCCUACAAUGUAGUUCAUCGACGGCAUGUUUCACUUCAGGCUACGUCAUCAGUAACCAAACCAAAAACUACGUCUUGUGCAGUGCAGGCCACAUGUAAAAUGGAGACGGCAUCAACACAGUGUAUUCGCUAUAAGAAAACCAGCCUUGAAAAUAACAACUUUAUGCAAGAUGAGUGUCGCUAUAAUACUGAGAAUGAUUGUCAACAAGAGUCGUCCGAUGAUCCUGACUGGGUGCCAACAUGUGAUGAUGAAGCUGAAUGUAAUGAAAGCAACAUGCUGGACAAUGAAGAUACUGAACCACAAAAUGCUAAAAAAAUAUAUAUAGUUUUCGAACACUGCUGAUUGCAACUAUUGGAUUUUUGUCCUGAUUGUCACAGGACUGGGCUAGACCAAGUCAAAACAACAAUAGGGACAUGUGUAUGUAUCCACUCAAGAUGUGCGUGUGGAUUUGUGCGACAGUGGUCAAGCCAGCCAUUCUCAAAAGCAAUGCCCUGGGGAAAUUUGAUUACUGCCAGUGCAAUAUUUUUCAGUGGCAACAGUCCAGUGAAGACUUUGAACUUCAUGCAUCAUGCAGGAAUUUUAGGACUUGGUCUAACAAGUUACAACAUGUUACAGCGAACAUACAUUGUGCCCUCUACAUUGUCUUGCUGGCAGUUCCAGCAGUCUGUUGUCCUGGAAACCCUAAGAAACACAGGCAAAGACCUCAAACUUGGUGGGGAUGCUCGAUGUUCUUCGCCAGGCCACACCGCUAAAUAUGGGAGUUACACUUUAAUGGAUGUUGUAACUUCAAAGGUUAUUGACUUGCAACUAGUUCAGUCUAAUGAAGUGAAGAACUCUUACAAUAUGGAACUUGAAGGUCUGAAGCGGUCCCUGAGAUUUCUUGAAGAAGAAGGUGUGAGUGUGUCUGACUUGGUGACAGACAGGCACAGCCAGGUCAAGAAAUUCAUGAAGACGGAAUGCCCCAGCAUUAAUCACUGGUUUGACGUUUGGCAUGUGGCAAAAGGCAACUUUUCCUAUACCCUUCAUUAACAUUUUACAAUCUCAUAUUCAAGAUGGUGUUUUUGUCCAGGAGUCUACAAAAAGUUGGAAGCUCUUGGCAAGACCAAAAGAUAUGCUUUGGCUGCACAAUGGGCAAGAUCAAUCAGCAACCAUGUGUACUGGUGUGCAGCCAGUA